AUGUUCACCGUCUCCACCACCGCGUCCACGGCGCGCGCGACGAUCCGCGCGGUCGCGAGCGGCGCACAAAGUCAAAAAGUGCACCGAGUGACGUCACCAGCCAUCGCGCGUCGCGCGCGCGUCGUCGCGCGCGCGGGCGAGGACGAGGCGGGCGAGGACGAGUUCGAGGCCAAGCUCGGUGCGCUCAGAGGGAAGCGAUCGAAGCGCGCGGCUGGGUCGAAGACGACGAGCUCCGAGGGCGAGCCAGCGAAGACGUCGAGCGCGCCGUCGAGGUCGCGCGCCAAGGGCGUGCGGGACUUCACGACGACGGAUAACAUCGAUGAGCCGGCGAUCGAUUGGGGCGUUGAGAGCGUGGUGUACGAAGGACCGCCGGCGAGAGGGGAGGUCGUGGCGAACGUGGCGAUGUCGUGGACGCUGGUGUGGAUACCGUUGGCGAUUCAAGCCGUCGGCCGCGCGCUGUGGUUGACGUACAAGAUCACGGAUAAGCGCGUGACGGUUAUCUCGGUGUCGCCGCUGAGGAAAGAGCGCACGGACAUUCCGUUGGAUCAAAUCACCGAUGUGAUCUCCAUUGGGCGCGGAAUCGGAGCCUGGGGUGACAUGGUCGUCACGCUUCGCAACGGCGAAAAGGUUGAGGUGCGCUCUCUGCCGGAUUUCAAGAAGUGUGAGGAGAUGAUCCGCAGCAAGAUGUACAAGGAGAAGAUCAUCGAUUUCUGA